UGAAACUGUCAGAAACGUAUAGAAGUCAAAUUUAAAAAGUAGGUAGGUAAUCAAAAAUAUUAACUGUUUUGUUUUCUUUUAAUUGCUAAUUAAAGUUUGAGAAAGUAGUCCCAAAAUGAGUCUUUGGGUGGACAAACAUCGACCAAAAGAUUUAAUGAAGUUGGAUUAUCAUAAAGACCAAGCAGUAAGAUUGAAAAGUCUCGUACAGCAAAGUGAUUUCCCGCAUCUUCUUGUUUACGGCCCUUCAGGAGCCGGCAAAAAAACCAGAAUCAUGUGCUUAUUACGUGAAUUAUAUGGCUCAGGAGUUGAACGAUUGAGGCAAGAAACAAUGCAUUUUACAACUCCUUCGAAUAAAAAAAUCGAAAUCAUGACUGUAAGUAGUAAUUAUCACAUAGAGGUUAACCCUACUGAUGUUGGGAUUUAUGACAGAGUUGUUAUUAUGGAUCUCGUAAAAAAUGUUGCACAAACACACCAAAUAGACUCUUCUGGACAACGUGAAUUUAAGGUAGUUAUUUUAAAUGAAGUUGAUGAUUUGACUAAAGAUGCUCAACAUGCCUUGCGUCGUACAAUGGAGAAAUAUGUAGCGACCUGUCGGCUUAUUCUAAUUGCCAAUUCAAUAUCUCGUGUCAUUCCUGCUAUAAGAUCCCGUUGUUUAACAAUAAGAGUCCCUGCACCUACAGAGAGUGAAAUUUCCACAGUACUUCAUACAGUGUGUAAAAAAGAAGGGCUCAAUUUGCCAUCAGAAUUGGCUUUACGAAUUGCUAAAUGUGCAGAUCGUAAUUUACGUCGUGCUUUAUUAAUGUGCGAGGCGUGUAGAGUGCAACAAUAUCCUUUUACACCUAACCAAAAAGUACCGGAACCAGAUUGGCAACAAUUCAUAAGAGAAACUGCAUCAAUGAUUUUAUCAGAACAAUCUCCAAAGAAACUCGGUGAAGUCAGACAAAAGUUGUAUGAGUUAAUAAUACAUGGUGUACCGCCAGAUAUGAUAUUUUCAGGUCUGUUGAAAGAGCUUGUAAGAAAUUGUGAUAUGGCCAUGAAAUGCCAAGUAGCGAGUCAUGCUGCUAUGUUUGAACACAGAAUGCGUUUGGGUAAUAAAGCAAUAUUCCACCUUGAGGCAUUUGUUGCAAAGUUUAUGGCCAUAUAUAAGAAAUUUAUGGAAGAGUCACUGGGUGAUGCAUUCUAGUAUUUUAAAAGGUGAAUAUAAACAAUAUCUGUGAUUAUGUCAGUUGUAAAAUAUUCUGGUUAAAAUUGUAUGUACUGUUUUCAUGAUUGUUUUUAUUUUAAUGACUGUGUAAGAUAAGGAUUUAAUAAAACUCCAUUUCUA